UAUACUUGGACUGAGAUGACAUUGGUCGGACGGUGGACGCAGAAGCAUACGUUUGCUCUAUGCUUUGGCGCACCCAGAGACUUGCAAUGUAAUCUUGAAUCUGCCCUCUCAAGAGACAUUCGAGGGAUCUGCUUCCAGGAUCCAUUUGCAUUGCUUAGCCCCAUUCUUAACGAAACUCUAAUUCUGUAUGACCGGUCUGUCUGGCGUGUUCGAGAUCAGAUCCGUUUAGUGGAAGCUGAUAGGGAGAAGGAAUUGGUUGUUGAACCCGACUUCUCUGUGCUCCAUGAGCUUGCAAGGCACGCCAUCCACUCGUCCGAAACACUUUCCGUUACAACUCUAUCAUUACAAACUUUAAGAACGCAUCAACGCCAUUACCGCAGGAAUUCAACGGUAGUGAAGGGUACUACUCAGAUACCGACAGUGGUAGCAGAGAUGGACUUUCAAUUACAAAUGUUAGAGAAUCUGAAAUUACGGUCAGACGCCAACGAGGCGAGGCUAAAGAAUGAAAUCACUUUGGCGUACAAUAUGAUAACCCAGCGAGAUAGUAGAGUCAUGCUGGAGAUCGGAAAUGCAGCUAAAAAGGAUAGCGCAACUAUGAAAACGAUUGCGAUCCUGACGAUGGCAUUUUUGCCAGCCACAUUCACAUCAACGGUAUUCGGUAUGACAUUUUUCGAUUACUCGCCCAGUAAUGGAAACCAGUCGUGGACUGUAUCGGGGAAGUUCUGGAUAUAUUGGGUUACAGCAAUUCCAUUAACGAUUCUGACUAUACUGGUCUGGUUCGCUUCUCGACGCGAUAACACUAGGAGGUUCUUAUGUUCUUAUAUGACUGUUAACGACGUUGAAAAGGCUAAAUAGGAUGAGUAGCCUCAUGGUUCAACAUAGUCUGUGUUGUGAUCAAUUAUCCAACUACACAAGAUAC